GCUGGCGGAUGAGGCGGGCGGCAGCGAACGCGCUAUGGCGACUCGAGGUGUUCGUCCGCAGCGAGAGAAUGGGCGAAGUCAGGUAGCCUUGUUAAUCAUCCCCAUGUUACUCUUAUUACUCCCAGGCAUGACGGGUGCAUCAUGCUGCUACUUUGCGAAGAAUAACUUAAUGUGUCAUGAUGUUUGUGAACUGAUUUUGGCAUCAAAGAGCGAUUCUCAUUUGAAACACCUAUUGCAACGUGCUCCUGAAUAUUGUCCAGAAUCAAUGAGAGAGGUUUGGAGCUGUAUAAAUUCUUCUUUGCCAGGUGUUUUGAAAAAAUCUGAUGGCUGGGUUGGCUUAGGGUGCUGUGAAUUAGCCAUUGCUGUAGAAUGUCGACAAGCAUGUAAACAGGCAUCUUCAAAAAACGAUAUUUUGAAAAUUUGCAGGAAAGAAUAUGAGAACACCCUUUUUAGUUGUAUUAACAGAAAUGAAAUGGGAUCAGUUUGUUGCAGUUAUGCUGGCCAUCAAACAAAUUGCUGGGAAUACUGUCAAGCAAUCUUUCGAACAGAUACUUCACCAGGCCCUUCCCAGAUAAAAACUCUUGAAAGUUACUGUGCCUCUGUGAGCCCACUGUUAGUUAAUUGUGUGAAUAACUAUACACAGUCAUAUCCAAUGAGAAAUUCAACAGAUAGUCUAUAUUGCUGUGAUAGAGCAGAAGAUUAUGUUUGCCAAACAGCUUGUAAAAGGAUACUGAUGUCAAUGAAAACAGAACAUGAAAUUGUGGAUGGACUUAUUGAAAGCUGUAAAACAAUGCCUCUUCCACAGGAUCCUCUUUGGCAGUGUUUCUUGGAGAGCUCAAGAUCUGUUCAUCCUGGAGUGACACUGCAUCCACCACCUUCAACAGUUCUGGAUAGUGCUAAGUUGCACUGCUGUUCUAAAGCGAAUACUUCCUUGUGUAGAGAUGUAUGCACUAAACUUUAUACAAGCAGCUGGGGCAACACACAAAGCUGGCAAGAAUUUGAUCGUUUUUGUGAAUAUAAUCCAGUUGAAGUUUCCAUGUUGACUUGCUUAGCAGAUGUACGUGAACCUUGUCAGUUGGGCUGUAGAAAUCUUACUUUCUGCACUAAUUUUAAUAACAGGCCUACUGAACUCUUCAGGAGCUGCAAUGCCCAGUCAGACCAAGGAGCUAUGAAUGAUAUGAAACUUUGGGAAAAGGGAAGCAUUAAGAUGCCUUUUAUAAAUAUCCCUGUACUUGAUAUUAAAAAAUGCCAGCCAGAAAUGUGGAAGGCAAUUGCUUGUUCGUUGCAAAUUAAACCUUGUCACAGUAAAUCUAGAGGAAGUAUUAUUUGCAAGUCAGAUUGUGUAGAAAUUCUCAAAAACUGUGGAGACUUAAGCAAAUUUCCUGAGGGACAUAUGGCUGAAAGCAUUUGUGAACUUUUAUCUCCAGCUGAUGACUUGGAGACUUGCAUACCUUUAGAUACCUACCUUCGUCCAAGUACUUUGGAUAAUAUUGUGGAAGAUGUUACACAUCCCUGUAACCCAAAUCCCUGUGCUGCAAGUCAGUUGUGUGAAGUAAACAGAAAGGGAUGUCAGCCACUUGAGCCUUGUCUUCCCUAUUUUUGUGUGCAGGGCUGCAAGUUGGGUGAAGCUUCUGAUUUUAUUGUCCGCCAAGGUACACUCAUCCAAGUACCAUCUUCUGUAGGAGAUGUUGGUUGCUAUAAAAUAUGCACAUGUGGCCAGAAUGGUUUGUUAGAAAACUGUAUGGAAAUGCAUUGUGUUGAUCUCCAAAAGUCAUGCAUUGUUGGAGGGCAACGAAAAAGCCAUGGAACAUCUUUUAAUAUAGACUGCAAUGUCUGUUCCUGUUUUUCUGGGAAUUUGAUAUGCUCGACUCGUCAGUGUCUAAAUGAAUUAAGUUCAGAGGGUGAACAUCACCUGUUUACAGGUCUGCCAUGUGACUGCGCUGAUCAGUUUGUCCCAGUAUGUGGGCAGAAUGGACGUACCUAUCCAAGUGCAUGUAUAGCACGUUGUGUUGGGCUUCAUGAUAAUCAGUUUGAAUUUGGGUCCUGCAUAUCUAAGGAUCCUUGUAACCCUAAUCCCUGCCCUCAGAAUCAGAGAUGUUUACCAAAGCCACAGGUUUGUUUAACAAGUUUUGAGAACUUUGGUUGUAACCAAUAUGAAUGUGUGCCAAGACAGUUCAGUUGUGGUGACCAGUUGCAAGAUCCUGUUUGUGACACAGACAAUAUAGAAUAUAAUAACCUCUGUGCUCUGCACCAAAAAGGAAAAGUUAUAUCAUACAAAGGUCCAUGUCAGUCCUUUUGCAAAUCAAUAGAUUUGGUAUGUGGCCAUAAUGGGGAAACUUAUAGCAAUGUAUGUGCUGCCUUUUCUGAUCGUGUGGCUGUUGAUUACAAUGGACCUUGUCAAGCUGUAGGAGUCCUUUCUGACUACAGUUAUCAAGGAGAAUGUGUGUCUGUUACAUGUUCCCGUCUUUCAGCAACACGAUACAAGCCAGUUAUCCCACCAGGAGCUUGUUGUCCUUUGUAUGCAGGAGUGUUGAGGAUCUUGUACGACAAAGAAAAAUUGGAUACCUUUGCCAGGAUAACCAAUCAAAAGCCAAUCACAGUGCUUGAAAUACUUCAAAAGAUCCGUCUCCAUGUUUCUGUACCACAGUGUGAUGUGUUUGGAUACUUCAGCAUAGAAUCUGAAAUUAUAAUUCUUAUAAUUCCUGUUGAUCAGAAUCCUAAACCUCUUCAGAUUGAAGCAUGCAGUAAAGAAGCAGAAAAGAUAGAAUCACUGAUCAACUCAGACAGUCCUGCUUUAGCAUCCCAUGUGCCUCUCUCAGCGCUUAUUGCAGCCCAGGUGGAAGUUUCAUUCAAGAUGUCUUCUUCCUGUAGUCAAGUUAUAUCAGCAGAGUAUUUGGUCUUUUGGAGCCCCAUGCUAAUUUUCUCAGCCAUCAUAUGUAAUACAUAGUCAAAACAAAAAAUGUUCAAAUAGACUUUGGUAUUUGAUUUGCGAAAGACAUUCAGAUCUAGUGAGCUAAUAAUAAUGUAAUAAUCUGCGGAUCUACUUACGGGCCCACAAGGGUUGCUCCACACAAUACCAGCUAUGACUUUUUAAUUACAAAAUUAGAUUAUUAUUUGGCAUUAACUUAGUCUUUAAUAUACAGUAAAAUAGCAAAUAAGCAAUGCUGCACAAUAUAAAAAAAACUUUUCUUCAGUGCUGAAGGCAGCAUACUAGAGUCACUGUGGAGCUUCUGUAUAUACACUCAUUUCUUUUAGCCCUAUUUGGUCAGGCUUGUUGGAAAUGUCUAGUGUAGGAUUUUGAAUGUCCUGGCAAGGGAGGCUGAGCUGGCUUCAGGUCUCUGUACGUGGAACAUAACUUUAGUCAGAUAGCAUGCUGCUAUCGUGGAUCUUGUGAUUUCUUACUGAUGUGUUCAAUUAUUUUUUAAAAUUAGAACUUCAGUGCUUUAACCGUAUUUGAUCAUUAGAUGCCCUGAGCACUAUUUUUAGUGGCAAGGCAAGAUAUAAAUGAAACCAAUAAAUUAUUAAAUAAAUGGUGUUGGAUAUUUUAAAGUUACAAUAGUAAUGGGACAUACUAAAUAAGUAUAUACACAUCAUGUAUAUAACAGAUACAACUCUAGCUUACUUUUUUCAGUUCCAGGUAAUUUUCUUCUGUCACAAGCCUUAAACUGCACCUCAUCACCCAAGUGUCAGUAUAAGUCGGGCAAACUUUUUGGAAGCAUUAUUUUUUAACAAGAAUAUUCUCAGUUGUGUUUUUAUCAGUUUUUUCCCCCUUAUGUUACUAUACUUUAAACCACAAAUAAUAAUUCUAAACCUAGCUUAUCCAAAAAAAGUUAUUAAGCAGAAUUAGAAGUGCAAGGAAGAAAUUAAAGACAUCAAUGCCAAAUAACAUACAAGGGUAUGCGUACGCUUUCUCCUGUGCCAUGCAAGGAUGCCAUAGUGCGUAUGCCCAUGCCAAUUUCUAUUUUGCACCCAACUAUAUAGGUCAAAUGAUCCACAUACAAGAAAGGUUAGUCCAGGGCAUAGUUUGCGCAUGCGAAGCAUCCACUCUGCAUAUCCCAACAGCUUAUUGCAGAGGCAAGGUUGGAUUAAAAUACUUGUUUUAAUUUUCUUUGAAGAUGAAAUUGGUGUAUGUGCAUGUAUGUGUUAUUUUGUGUAUAAUUUUCACUGUUGAUACAUAUUUUAUAAGAUUGCAAGGUUAUUUUUAUAUUACGUUAGAGAAGGGGUGCAAAAAAUGUAGCUGGAUGGUCACAUGCAGCCCUCAGUGCAAUGGAAAUCGCAUACCCCUGGUUUGGAGGUAUAUUAUCCAGAAUAUCCAUUUUAAAAAUUAGUUUUUGAAGGAAAAUACUGCUGCUAUUAAAUAAAUGUACCAAAAAUGAAUAUGUUUUCAUAUAGAAUCCUAGAACCAUAUUACUGGAAGUAAAUACAUAAUGAAGAAUAUAGCCAUGGGCCUUAUUCUGCAAAGAAUGUGAAGUAAAAUUACACGUGCACAGAAGGAUUUGCUGAAUAUUGUUGCCCCAUUGUCAGUCAUGUUUUAAGCUAGUUUUCUUUCUUGUGCUAAAAUGUAUAAAGUGUGCAGCUUGAAUAACAAAUAUUGUUUACACUUUCUUUGAAAAGUGAUAUGAUAAAGAGCAUUAAGAUUUACAUAUUAUUCUAUUGUGGUAAGGAUAUUAUACUAUUACACUCCUAGCGGGUGACUAUUUUAUGCAAAGUGUGCAUUUUAAAUCAGAGGACAAAAUCCAGCCGGAAAGUACAAACAGCUUCUGUACAAAUCAUAAACAGAAGCUGUUCAGAUGCUAAAGAGAGAUUUACUACGUGAUGAUCUGCUGGAUUAUGCUCUUAUACUUUUUGUGCACCUGAUAUUUUCUAAUAUUUUGUUAUCAGUAUUAUUAUAGGUCACUUUGACAUAUGUAUAAAAAGCACCAUCUGUGCCAAAUUGUUAAAUAUUAAAAUAAGAAAUGAAAACUAUUGUAGCAUCUCUAUUGGCAGCAGUUUGUGGCAAUUAUUUUGUUUGAUUUGUUACAAAAAGAAAUCUUUGCAAUGUAAUAUCAAAGCUUUUAUUUUAAUAAAAU